ACGACUCCGUGACAGAGCUCAGUGUGUGAAGAAACAACGACGCGUCAGUUUAUUCACAGCAAAAAAUAGCUAAGCCUCCAAACUCGGGAGCGCGUGGUUAAAUCGCCUUUGUCGAUUAACGUUGGUUGCUGAGACGUGUGAAAAUACGAAAAUCGAGAGCUAUGAAAAAAUUAGCUUACUUAGUGAUCGGCUUGCUCCUCGUCACCGGACUUGCCUAUGCUGAGGAAGACACAAUUGAAGAUGAAGUGGUCACUGCAGAUCCAGACUUGGGGGCAAGCCGAGUUCCAUCAAAAACUGAUGAUGAAGUUACCAAGAAAGAAGAAGAACGUAUAAAAAUCGAUGGCCUGAACGUUGCACAGAUGAAAGAAAUUUUGAAAAACUCUGAAAAGCAUACAUUCCAAACAGAGGUCAAUAGAUUGAUGAAACUCAUCAUAAACUCGCUCUAUCGUAACAAGGAAAUCUUCCUCAGAGAAUUGAUUUCCAACGCUUCGGAUGCUCUGGACAAAAUAAGACUGCUUUCGCUAACCAACAGAGAUGUGCUCGAUGCUAAUUCUGAACUGUCUAUCAGAAUAAAGGCUGACAAAGAAAACAAAAUAUUGAGCAUCACAGAUUCUGGUAUUGCUAUGACCAAGGCCGAUCUCAUAAACAAUCUCGGUACUAUUGCGAAAUCCGGAACGGCCGAAUUUUUGGGAAAAAUGCAAGAGUCCACAAAUCCACAAGACAUGAAUGAUAUGAUUGGACAAUUUGGUGUUGGUUUUUAUUCGGCUUUCCUCGUUGCUGAAAAAGUUAUUGUGACAACGAAACAUAAUGACGAUAAGCAAUAUAUUUGGGAAUCUGACAGCAGUAGCUACUCGAUUGUUGAAGAUCCCCGCGGUGAUACACUCAAACGUGGAACGACAAUCAGUUUGGUCUUGAAGGAAGAAGCAUCUGAUUUCUUGGAGCCGGACACACUCAAAAAUCUGGUAAAGAAAUAUUCUCAAUUUAUAAAUUUCCCAAUAUACUUGUGGAACAGCAAGACAGUUCAAGUCGAAGAAGAAGACGACAGUGAAGCCGCAACGACUGAGAAAAAAGAGGACGAAGCUGGUCGUGUGAAGCGUGAUAACGAAGAAGACGAAGAAGAAGUUAAAGUUGAGGAAUCGCCAGAAGAGGAGGAUGCUCCGAAAAAGAAGAAAACAGUGGACAAGACAGUUUGGGACUGGGAGCUUCUUAAUGAUUCCAAACCGAUUUGGACUUUGAAACCAUCGGAAGUUGAGGAUAAAGAUUACGUUGAAUUUUACAAAGCAUUGACUAAGGACAAUCAGGAACCAUUGGCAAAGACACACUUCGUAGCGGAAGGCGAGGUGACGUUCAAGGCGUUACUUUUCAUACCAAAAGUUCAACCGAGCGACAGUUUCAACCGUUAUGGAACCAAAGCUGACAAUAUUAAAUUAUUCGUGAGGCGUGUCUUCAUAACAGACAAAAUAAACGACAUGAUGCCAAAUUAUUUGUCAUUUAUCCAUGGUAUAGUGGACAGCGAUGAUUUGCCAUUGAACGUCUCCCGUGAGAAUCUCCAACAGCACAAACUCAUCAAAGUAAUAAAGAAGAAAUUGGUAAGAAAAGUAUUGGAUAUGAUAAAGAAGUUAUCGAAAGAGGAUUAUCAGUCAUUCUGGAAGGAAUACAGCACCAACAUCAAAUUAGGUGUUAUCGAGGAUCCUCAGAAUCGAGCUCGCCUUUCGAAACUUUUACAAUUCAAAUCGUCCAAGGGAAAUCUGACGAAUUUGUCUGAUUACGUAUCUCGCAUGAAGGACCAACAAAAAGCAAUUUAUUACAUAGCUGGAGCAAAUGAGGAAGAAGUUAAGAAAUCCUUAUUCAUCGAGCGUCUUGAAAAGAAAGGCUACGAAGUAUUGUACCUUACAGAGGCUGUUGACGAAUACGCCAUUUCCGCUUUGCCUUUGUUCGAUGGUAAGAAAUUCCAGAAUGUUGCCAAAGAAGGUUUCACGCUCGACGACAGCGAGCGUGGUAAGGAGCGCAUGGAAGAAUUCAAGUCCACGUACGAACCAUUGACCAAAUGGAUGGACGAGCAACUCGGCGAGUUUAUCAGUAAAACAACAGUCUCGGAGCGUCUCACCGAUUCGCCGUGUGCCCUCGUUGCUAGCAUGUUCGGAUGGACCGGAAAUAUGGAGAGACUAGCGGUUUCAAAUGCUCACCAAAAAGCGGACGAUCCACAGAAAAGCUAUCAUCUCAAUCAAAAGAAAACGUUGGAAAUCAAUCCACGACAUCCCCUCAUCAAAGAGUUGCUUAGGCGAGUUACGGCCGAUCCAAGUGACAAGACUGCCAAAGAUAAUGCUCUCAUGAUGUUCCAAACAGCUACUAUAAGAUCGGGUUACAUGCUCCGCGACACUGCUUCCUUCGCCGAAAGCGUCGAACAGCUCAUGAGAAAAGUACUGGGAAUACCGCUUGAUGAAACUCCCGAGGAAGAGGAUGACGAUUAUGAGGGCGCUGAUGACUCAAGUCAACAAGCUAAUGCAGACAACGAAGAAGAAGAACGAGAUGAAGAACACGACGAGUUGUGAGCUCCAAAUAUCAGAGGACUUAAACGUUAUUGAUAAAUAUUUAAAAAGUCGCGUGUAAACGCGUUCAAAAGAGAAACAAACUGUGAGUUGAUCUCCAUAAUCUUGAGGACCGGACCGGUUUUAAGGAGAGUGAAAAAACGGACAAUUAUGCGUAAGGAAUGGAUUUUGUUUUUCUUUUCCGAACUCGAAAGGGUUUCAACUUUCAUACGAGACUUAAGGGACUUCCAAUCGAUCGAUUGGAUUUCUCGUUUCGUGAUGCCGAAUACGCGAAAAUGUGCGAUUUCCCAUCUGGCAUGCAAGUGAGACGCGAAUAAUGACUGAAAAAAAGCGUGAAAGUUUAUUUUUUCAUUCACACUUGUCACAUCGUUCAUCGCAAAUGCAAUUUCGGUAUUGUUUCCGUAGCAUCCAUAUCAUACCGACGUUUGUAUCUUCGUUCUUCCAUCUGAAUGUGUUUUUAUACGUGUGUAGCGAUGACAUUUUUUUCAGACCGUUUUUUUUCCAACGCUGCCUGUCACGUGUGUGUGUGCGUGUGUGUGUGUGUGCGUGUGUGUGUGUGUGUGCGUGUGUUGGGUGAGAUCCGAAUGAAUGGUAUUUGUAUAAUAAUAAAUAACUGAAGGAUGAUGACGAAAAAUCAAUAUAUGCAAAGAUUAUUUAAUCUGA